GAGGUGGCGCCACGUCAGAGCUUCUCCUCUGUCACCGUCAUUUGCAAACAGCACUUCUUUAGUUUUCUGCGCUUUAAUUAAAUUUUCGCCAUGCUCAGGCUGGGACUAAGCUGCUUUCUGCUGCAUGUGGCUUUGGUUUUUGGGACGGAGCUCACGUUUGAACUCCCUGACAACGAUAAGCAGUGCUUCUACGAGGAGUUAUACAAAGAUGUGAAGUUUGACAUAGACUUCCAAGUUAUUUCAGGGGGCAACUAUGAUGUGGACUGCUUUGUCACUGAUCCCCAAAACAACGUCCUGUACAAUGAAAGGAAAAAGCAGUAUGACAGCUUCUCUCACACCACAGCCAUGGAGGGAGUCUACAAGGUCUGCUUCAGCAAUGAGUUUUCCACUUUCACACAUAAAAUUGUGUACAUGGACUUCCGGCACGGAGAGGAGCAACCUCUCCUAGAGAAAAUGAGCAGGAGCACAGCGUUGACUCAGUUGGAGUCGUCCUGUGUUGCCAUUCAUGAGGUCUUGAAGGUGGUGGCUGACUCGCAGACAUGGUACAGGCUAAGAGAAGCCCAGGACCGCACAAAGGCAGAACACCUGUUCGAGCGGGUGACAUACUGGUCAAUCGGAGAAACUGUUCUAUUGUUCGUCAUCGGUGUUGGUCAAGUGAUGCUUCUAAGGAGCUUCUUUAGUGAGAGAAAAGGCUCUGUGGCGACCACCACUUAAUAGUCAUCUUGAUCUUCCAUGGGCAUGGACAUUUUCCAAGUGCCACCUUGCAUUUGGUCAUAAGCACAUAAAGUUGUUUUUUUUCCUAUUAACUGGAUUCAAUAGUUUUUUUCCUGACUGCUCAAAUAGAAUCCUCAAACUUGAAUAACUUUUUGUUAACAAGCAAAAUGUAAAAGAAUUACCACAGUAGUUUUUUAAAGUAUAGUUUUUAUGUUGUCAUUUAAUAGAAGUGAAACAUGAUUAUUGUCAAAGUUUCACCCCACAGCUAGAUUCUGUUUAAAAAUGUGGAAAAUGAAUCAAAACCAAAGAAAGAUUGUGAAUGUCAGUUGAGAUUGUUUUACUCUGUGAUCCUAAUUUUGUUGGAGUGCACUGAUUGCAGUUUUCUGGCCAAUCACUGAUAUUUCAAAAGCCUGGCCUGAUGAUUCAGAUUUUCUUUUGUCUGAUAAAUCACUAAAUAUAGCAAGUCUCUCAGUUGGCAACAGUAGGGUGAUGCGUGUUACCAAUGCGGGAUUGGUAACGGUCACCUGUCAGUCCUCUCUCAUGACUGAGCAAAACAAGACAGUAGCUGAUUUUCAGACUUUUGCAGAGGUUGAUAAGAUUGGUUUCAUAACCAAAAUCCAAGACAUUAAGGCCAAUUUAUCGGUGCACCCUUAUCGAUUUGUGUUCAGUGUCGUAACAAGCUUUGAGAGAUGUCACAUUGCCUUUUAGAUCUAUUGCUUUUUUUGUUGUUGUGAUGCUUAUUAAUUGUAUUUAAAUGUUUGUCUUGUUUCAACUGCUUGAUUUGUAUGAUUUUGUUUGUCAUAAGAAGAACAAAAAGUAACCAAA